GCAAAUAUAAAUUGGAAAUGAAUUUCAGAAGAAAUAAUAAAAUGGCAUUUUUGGGCCAAUUAACAGCUAAUGUGCAAGCCCAACUGAACAACGUGAAGCCACAGCUGAAUUCCGUACUGCAAACGGCAACUCGUGCACGGGAUAAUCUGGCACCAAUUCUAAAUCGUGCAACUGCUCAGCUCGAUAAUCUUGGCAAAAUCUUGCAGGUAACCGGAGACCGUAAACAGUCACCUAUUGAUAUACUCUCGACAGUUACAGCUUUUGACAGUACGCUUGAAAAUUCGGAAAUCAGAUUAAAUUAUCCGAUGAAUGUUGAAACACGAUUAAAGAAUGCAGGUGAUAGCUUGCAGCUGCAACUUGAUCCUUCGAGUAGGGCGGAAUUUUCAGCGAGUCAUUUGGGUGAAGAGCGAUAUGUUCUGGAGACCGUGUAUUUCCACUGGGGUACAGAACCUAUGAAUGGGAGUGAACACACAAUUGGCGGGGUGGGUUACGCAGGAGAGAUACAAUUCAUUCAUCGGAACACGAGAUUCCUGAAUCUAGAAGCAGCAUUUAAGGAGGCAAACGGGAUACUGGGUGUGGCUGUAUUGCUAAAUGAGUCGCAUGACGACAAUCCAACAUUCUCAACAAUAAUUGACGGCAUAAAGCAGGUGGUUUAUAAGGGUAGUGAAUGUGCGAUUUGCGGUGUUAACUUGUCUCAUAUGCUGCCUUCUUCAGAAAAAAUGAAGGAAUUCUGGACAUACACCGGUUCGGAAACAAUACAGCCGUAUAGAGAAACUGUUCAGUGGAUCAUUUUCAGGGCUACUAUUUGGAUAUCUUCGAAUCAGUUGGAUAAGCUACGCACGCUGAAACGUGAAGGUUAUGAAUGUGAAGUUGAGGAAACGAUGUCACCGAUUCGUGCAGUCCAGCCAAUUAAUGGUCGUAUAAUUCGAUCAUCAUUUCGUUCCUCAGCCCAAGCAGUACGAAUCAUAGGAAAACAGUAACACCUUCUGGCGUUACUACGUUGUACUCCAAUCCCCAAAAUUUCUAGCUGACUGUAAUAACUGGAAAAUGUUCAUACAUCCAAUCUUAAGCGCUCUUGACUUGUUCAAAUCUAAACCUCUCUUUCUUUGAUUAUAAGGAGCACAACGUCGAAAUGUCUCAUUUAAAACAGAAACCAUUAACGAGUUUGCCAAUGAGCUUUAACCACUUCUUUGUAAUCACUUGCUUUUGAGACUGAUAUUGUGGUCUUGCAAUUAAUGAAC